AUGAUCGUUAUAGCAGAGAACAAUCAAACCACCAUCACAGAAUUUAUUCUCCUAGGGUUUGGGAAUCUUCAUGGUCUACAAAUUCUCCUUUUUUCAAUAUUUUUGGUUAUCUACAUGAUAACUCUCUCUGGUAAUAUCCUCAUCUUGAUAGCUGUAUCAGUCAACAGAAGUCUGCAUACUCCCAUGUAUUUUUUCCUGGGAAAUUUCUCUUUCCUGGAGAUCUGGUACACAACUUCCAUUGCACCUAAGAUGCUGCGAACCUUCCUCACCAUGCAUGAAUCCAUCUCCUUCUCUGGAUGCAUUGCCCAGUUUUAUUUCUUUGGCUCCAUGGCAGUAAUUGAGUGUUACCUCUUAGCUAUGAUGUCCUAUGACCGAUACUUAGCCAUCUGCAAUCCACUUCGCUACACAGCCAUCAUGAAUAUCAAAGUCUGCCUUCAAAUGGCAGUUGGUUCUUGGAUCAGUGGAUUUCUGACUCCCAUAGCCACCCUGGUUCUGACUUUCAGGUUACCAUUCUGUGCCUCAAAUGAAAUUGACCAUUUCUUCUGUGACUUAAGCCCUAUAGUAAAACUCUCCUGUGGAGACCCCCAUGUGGCAGAGAUUACCACAUUCACCUUGGCAUCCUUAGUGACCAUGGUACCAUUUCUGCUCACCCUGUCUUCAUAUGCCAAUAUCCUUUCUACAAUUCUUAGAAUCCCAUCCGCUAAGGGGAAGCAGAAAGCUUUCUCCACAUGUUCCUCCCAUCUCAUUGUAGUCACAUUUUUCUACGGCACUCUAGGUAGUGUUUAUGCAGCCCCUUCAGCUAAACAGUCUCCUGUUCUCAAUAAACUCUUCUCGUUGUUGUACACUGUGAUUACCCCCAUGGUCAACCCUAUCAUUUAUAGUCUGAGAAACAAAGAGGUCAAAGAGGCCCUAAGGAAACUCCUCUGUAGAAAGCAUUACUGGCUCUGCAUGUCCACAGCUAGGGAACAGGAGAAAACAUUGAAGGAAACCUCAAGAGAAGUUACAGUAGAACCCUAA